AUGGAUGUCUGUGUACCCAAGCAGGACAUCCACACAAGGGAUUUGGUGGACCCUCUGGAUCAACUGGUAGAAUUCCUGGAAGCCUCCCACAGCGGAGCGUUUCAUGGCAAAACGACGGAAUUCAGCAUCAAACUAGACAAGGAGAGGAAAAAGGAUCAGCCUUGCAGCUUCACAAAUUACCGCAUUUACUCAAAUCCUCCCCGCCGGGCGCAUCGUUGCGUAAUCCCCGGGAGGAGGCGGGAAAGGCGAGGGAGGAGGGAGGGGGCCGGGGCACCUGCUGCGGCGCUCGCUCACCUUGCUCUUGACCUCGAUGACGGGCUCGGAGGCGCGCGCCGGCGUCCGGUGGGGCUUGGCCAUGCUGAGGAGACCCGGGCGGGCGGGCAAAGCGGGCGAGGAGAGGCGAGGCGAGGGAGGCGGGCGCCCCGCUCCGCCGCCGCCGCCGCCUCCUCUGCAGACCCAAGGAGGGAUCUCGCCCUCGCCGCCGCCGCCGCCGCCGCCGCGCCUGACGUCACCCGGCCCCGCAGCUUGGGUAGUGAGGACAGCCCAACAAAAAGGCCGACUUACCUGGAACCUUGGAUUGUGAAUCUUCUGCUCGACUACGAAAAGCCUGACACCGAAGAAGACGCACAAUUUGGGCAUGUCCUGAAGGUUUUGAAUGAUGCGAAAGAUCUAAAUCUGGAUGAAAAACGUCCAGCGGUUGUUCUGCGCAUCGCAGAUGGACGUCACUAUAUUCGGGUAGUUGUUGCAGAUAAUGCUCUUCAGGGAACACCAUGCUGUCUAUCACUGUCUGGAUAUUCCAGUAUUGUUGGCCAGUUCAUCAUCCUGAAGAAUUAUAGAGUGUGUUUUAGAGAGGCAACCAAAGUGGAGGAUUGUGAAUUCUACCUCACCCUCAAUUGUUUCCAAGUAACAUCCAUGAGAAGGCGGGAAAUGCAGCAGCGGGACUGUAACCAAGAGCCAUCUGUGCUAAAGAGGAUAGAGGAAUUAUGGCAGGAAAGCUUUUCCUUGCAGCCUUCGUAUAAUUCUGAAUCAUCAGUUUCUGAAAUACUGCAUGAAAUAAAAGAAGAUAAACUCGACACUUUAAAACGAAAAGUCCAGGAUUGCCUCAAUUUAUUCGAUUCCACCAAUCAGCAGAAUUCUGAGCAGUUGGCUAUAUAUCCUGAAACCAAAUGGCAGGUGGCACGCAAACAAGAUAAGGUGCACAAAAAUACUUUUAUGGUACCAGCGAAGUUCCUGAUAAUCAGGCCGAAAAAUGAAGAAAUACUUCGCAAGGCGUAUCCACAAAAGAAUUGUCAAGAUGCUUCUGAUACUAUUAGAUGCAUUCAAGGUGAUGACAAGAGCUCUGCGUCCUCUAUCAGUGCAGAAUCUGAAAGUCUGAAUGACUCCUUAGAAAAUCCUUGGGACAUUUUUCCAGAAAUGACUUUGACUUCUAGUGAUAUAUCCAGCACCCCACCUGGCCUUCCACACACACAGCAAGUGCUACUGGCCAGUCCUGCUGAGGAAGAGGCUCCAUGCUCCAGCAGCUGCACCCCAGAUUUCCUGGAAUCUUGUGCUCAUCCAUUCCAUUGUAAUUCUGAGCAGGUUGAGCCAACAGAUGCAGUAUCCCCUGUAGCAUUUCCAUCUCACAAGAAGGUAUUGCUCAAGGAAUCAAUCUGUCCGGAUUCCAUUCCCCUUGAGCUGAACACUGCACACAAGACCUACAAAAAACCAGAUAGUAAUGAGAGCAUUCCCUGUGGCCAGCCCCUAAGAAAUUCAUCUUCUGACGCCACUAUGUACUCCCUCUCUCCUGGCCAUCCUUCCUUGGUGAAUGACACCUCUCGUGGGCUCUUGUCUGAAAAUACAGUGGAAGAUAAUACAAAAGAUUUAAAGGAGAAUAAAGUGACAGAGACUAUGGAAGGAGCUCUGGCUACAGGUGGGAAAGCUGUGGCAGUGAAACUGAAACGUAUGAUUUUAGAUGAAGAUAACCAUGAGACGUUCACCACUUCAACUCAUGCCAGACAAAAAGCUGCAAGGCAAACUUCUACCAGAGCAUUGCCAAACUCUAACAAGUCAGAUAAAGUGCUGGUUUGGAAACCUCCCUUAAAAUUUGUAAGCACCCCCAAGAAGAGCCGGAUUGAGGAGAUUCAAGUACAACAUCAUCCAGCAAUGGAGUCCAACAGAGACCAAUCUCUUUGCAGACGUACAGAGAGACUACAGGAAUAUGAGAGGAAUCAAGAGGCAGCAGAAGGUACUAAUGGACGUCCAAAGCAACAAAUUGGAGCCCAAGUAGAGGAACGUGUGAGAAGACACCCUUUUCAUGUGACAUAUGAACCACCAACACCUGAAGUCUGCUCUCAAGUGCGCUCCACAAGGAUAUCAAGAGCAUUGCUGGGUUGGGCAUGUUCAGUUUUCACCAAAGGACAAGGCCAAUAGUCUUUACUGAUUGAGUUUUAUCAAUUCAGAUGUGAUUUUUCUGAACACUUUUGUCAUAUUAUAAUGUUUGCAUCUUUAUUCAACGUAAUUUUGAAUUUGAAUUUGCUGUUUGUUUACUAUGCACAUGCAUAAAGAAAUUGGGACCCACUUCCAUGAUGGCCCAGAUGCAUAAUGGAGUGGCUUUUGUACUUUUGACACAUAUGUCAGUGGUUUUUAUAGUGAAUGGCAAACAUAUUAUACUGGGUGGGGAAUGCAUGGGCUGCAUUUGGCCCCCAGAGUCUUCAUUAAAACAACUAAAAUGCCCUCUCAUCCUCUAAGGCAGAGCUUUCCAACCAUUUCAUGUUGUGAUACACCAACAAGUUGCAUCCUUAGUCCUAAGGAAAUUGUUUGUUUAUAUGUUGUUUUUAUUUCAAUAUGUAGUUCUCAUGAAAGAUACCUUGUUCUUUCUUCUAAGGCUUCAUUGGCCAUUCCUCCACGUCUCUGAUGUGACCUGUAAUGGUUGUUGAUUUUGAAUCCAUAGAUUUUAAGCCAAAUACCCAGGGAUUUUUUUUUGUAAAUCUUUUAUUUUUUGCGAAGGUUUUCUAAGCGUUCUUAGAAAGGCAGGUCGGGUACUAAGGAUUGAGAUGGAUCUCCUCACCCUCCUUUGCUUCCCUUGUUCAGGGCAUGUGCCAUGUUUGAGUCACUCUGGGGGAUGCCUCUACAAAAAGAAUUUUUGGUUCUUUUGCUGGCAAUCAAAACUGAAUUACCUAGUCUGCAGACUUUGUCAUACCUUGCAUCUGAAGAGGUAUUUUGAAAGUGGAAAGAAACAACAUUGUUCACUCCAAUUUAAUAUGAAAAUCCUGGGGUCAAGCCCACUUUAUCGCUGUGUCAGCCAUUAUUGGCAGCAAGUCACUUUGACCCCAGCAUUUUGAAUUUUUAAGAAAUUUAAAAAUUAAAAGAAAAAAAUGGAGUUUGGGUAGACAGUUCUCUGAUGUUCAUGUCAGAAGGGCUGGGGGGACACACUGGCUAUUUCUAGGUACGGCCAUAUACAUAGCAUUGCAUCAUAAAUUUCCGAACCAAAUAUUAAAAUGUGAGCUGUGGAUGCACUAAAUCUUCUUCUCUCCGACUUGCAAAACGAAACAAAUAACUACUGGAAAUCAACUUCUGUAUAUCUUUAAAAAUUAGAAUCAGCAUUGGGCUUGCAAUCAGCUAAACAGUGAUUUAGCUGAUUGUAGGGAAAAUGCUCAUGUUAGUCAACAAAACAUGGAAUGUUGGAUCAUUUUAGGUUGCUUAAGGUAUUUCAUCUUCCUUGUUAUCUGUAAGAUUAGUGGGACUACAACGAAAGAACAUGUAUGUACAUGCAAUUACAACAAAGAAAACAAAAGCCAAAAGCAAGAAUUAUGGACUGUAGAGCCUUGUUACAAGCCUUUCCCAGGAGAAGAGUAGACCGAAUUCACUUUGGGUACUGUCUUUACUUACUAGUCAGUAUUGCUCUCCUAAUUGCAUUAUUUGUAUUUGUGAACAUUCGUGCUUGGGUACUUUUUUCUUUUUUCCUUUUUAAAAAUUUUGAAGGUAUUUUCUUAUUCAGAUAUGUUACCGUAACUCUUUGUAUUUUUGUUAUUUUUCAUUGUAUAUAUUUAUUCUGUAUAUUGCAAAUGUUUUGUAUUAUUGCAUUCUGAAACAUUGUACAUAUUUUGAAUACAUUCUUUUUCUCUACUA